AUGACCACCGCCGGCCCGCUCGGCCACCUCGACUACAUUCGCAUCUGGCACGACAACUCGGGCGGCGGCCGUCAUGCGGGCUGGUACCUGGACAAGGUGGUCAUCAAGGACCUGCAGACGGAGCUUGUGGUGUCGAUAUUCGUACGGCCUCAGCGCUCCAACUAUACGCGGGUGCAGCGGCUCUCUGUGGUCAUGGCUCUCCUGUUCCUCACCAUGUGUGUCAACGCCAUGUUCUACAAAACGGAGCCGGCCACCAGCAAGACGCUGGAUCUGGGCUUCUUCAAAGUCACUACCUUCCAGAUCUGGCGGAAGCGCUCGCUGCCGCACUGGUGCGUUUACAUAGGCUGGCUGCUAGUGCUGGGAGCGGCCGGGACCUCCGCCUUCAUGGUCUUCUCCUACAGCUUGCAGUGGGGGAAGGAGAAGUCGCUGAGCUGGCUCAAAGCCAUGCUUCUGUCGGUGGCGCAGUCGGUCUUCCUCAUCCAGCCAGUCAAGGUGUUCGCCGUGGCACUGGUGUUCAGCAUCCUCUGCAAGAAGCCGGACACGGAGGCGGUGGACGACGACAGUGCGCUGGAGAACGCACUGCCCGCCGACGAUGAGGAAAUGGUGGCCGACCGGCCACGCUCAGGGAGGCGCACGAAACUUGCAGCUGUUCCCAUCGAUCACGAAGCGCUGGCCAAAGCUCGUCAGAAACGCCUGGAGGAGAAGGAAAUGCUGCUCCUGAUGAAGCAGAUGUGCACGUUUAUGCUGUUUCUGUUGUUUCUGCUCUUCCUGGCUCAGCAGAAUAGAAACCCAAAUGCAUUUUUGGUGAACAAUAAUCUGAAGAAUAUGCUUGUAGACAGCAAAUUUUCAACGAUUCGUCUGCCGCGUCACCUCUUCAGCUGGCUGAAGGCAACAUACUUGGGCGCCGUGUUCUGGGACGGUCACUACAACGGCGCGCCGCUGCUGCCGGCCGACCGGCCCUUCAUGUCCGACAUGGUCACCCUGCGACUGGGCCCGGCCCGGGUCCGCCAAGUCCGAAUCAAGCCAGAUCAAUGCAGGGUUCCCGCAAUACUCAGGAGCAUCCAUGAUGAAUGUAACAUUGAGUAUUCGUGGACGAAGGAGGAUAAAAGUGCCUACAAUACGUCUUGGGCACCGAUGAAUGUCUCGUCCGAGGAGGAGCUUAACCAGAUGCAGUCGCCGUGGGUGUAUAAAUCCAUGAUGGAUUUGGAUGGCGCCCCCCACUGGGGCCAGCUCAGCACAUACAACGGCGGCGGCUUCCACAUGGAUCUUCUGGGGUCGGGCCAGCAGACCCUCCAGCUCUUCAUGGACCUGGAGGAGCGAGGCUGGAUCGACAAGUUCACCCGAGCCGUGUUUAUCGAGUUCACUGUAGUCAACGUCUAUGUCAACCUCUUCAGCCGCAUCUCGCUGGUGGUGGAGUUCAGCAACUCGGGGAACACCAUCACUUCUCACACCAUCACCACCUUCCAGCUGUACAACUACGUGGGCCCUGACGCCAUCUGGAUUAUGACCUGCGAGGCCAUCGUAGUAUUGUUCAUCAUAUUUUUCUUCGUCACAGAAAUCAAGAAACUCCGUAAGCAAAAGAUGAAAUAUUUUUCGGAGUUCUGGAACACUAUGGAAUUCAUCAAGAUCAUCUUGGCAAUAACCAGCAUUGCUAUGUACGCUAUGAAGAACAUAUAUGUACACGUGGCACUUGGAAAUCUAGCCGAAAAGCAAGGCGAGUUUAUCAACAUGCAGCGCAUGGCCGCAUGGAACGAGACAUUCGUGUUCUUGGUGGCGUUCGUGUGCUUCACCUCGAUCCUGGAGGUGCUACAUCUGCUGCGCUUCAACGCGAAGAUGUCCAUGCUGGCCCUGACGCUGCGCCGCUCCACCAAGGAGCUCAUCUAUUUCUCCGUCACCUUCUGCAUCACAUUCCUGGCGUUCGCGCAGUUCGCGUUUCUCGCCUUCGGCACAACAAUGAACCUGUACAGCAACUUCCUGUUCACAGUCGAAAACUUGUGCACUCAUUUGUUGGGUGACAUCGACUUCGACACCAUGUACGCCGAGCACGGCAGCCUCGGCAUCUGCUUCUACCUCGUCUUCGUUACCAUCAUGACGUUCAUCGUGCUCAACAUGUUCCUCGCCAUUCUUGGCGACUCGUUCACUGAGGUGAAAGAGGAGUUGAAAGGGGCCCGAAACCAGUACGAGCUACUAGACUUCUGCAAGGGCAUUGUGAUGGACCUGCUGGGCAUGAGCCGCACCCGGGCCGAAGGUCUUGACCCGACGCUUCCCAGCGCCGAGCCGGAGGAGGACGCCGCCGCGCAGCAGGAGGACCCGGCCCCGGCUGCCUGGCCGUUCGGGCGGCGCAGCGCCAAGGUGGUGCCCUCUGCGGAGCCGACCGAGCUCCGGCCCGCGUCCGCAGCGCCCUCUGUUCCUCCGCCGGACGGCUCCGACGCCGCGAGCUGCGCCGCAGCGCGGGAGGAGGGGCAGGCUGCAGAGCUAGCAGGCGCCGGUGACCAGAGCUCGCCUGCUGGUGACGACACUGUGACCCCUCCGGAUGCGCUUCAGAACGCUGGCAGCGCCCGCGCGCCGACACCACCUGCGGAGGCGACGGCCUCCGGGCCCGCCUCUGACGAGUCCGAGCCCGCCUCCACCUCCACCUCGGCGGCGGGUCUAGACCGCCUCAGCGCGCACUCCCCCAGCUUGCUUCGCGACAUCUGGCGGCUGCCAGGAUCCCGGACCGAGUAG